AAAAAUCGGAAGCGAAACUAAGUCAAACAUAUGAUAAUAUUUAUUCACUUUUAAAUUACUCUUAAAAUAUAAAUCAAUAACUAAAAAAUUGUAGUAAAAAUACAUAGCUAUACAAUAACAAGUUUUUUUCUUUAAAAAAGCAAUAAUAUAGUUUUAAAAAUAAAUAACUAGAGAUUCAGGAAAUAAAAAUAUGAUUAUAUAUCAUAGUAAAGCAUAUCACUACAAACUGAAGUAACUAAAUCAAUCAUUGUGAAACCAAUCCUUUUGUUUAUGGUUUAAAGAAGAAAAGACAAACAAUAUAAAGACGCACAACAAUUUCUCUGACCUGAAUCAUCGGUUUCUAUAAGACUUUCUAUUAUGCUUUCAACAGACGACUUCUCACACCAGCAUAUGCUCUACAAACAACCAAGAACGUUAAUUCUCUUAAAGUAACAAAGAAUUAAUUUACAAUGUGUGGUUAUUUCAGCAUUUCAAGUUUUCAACAAAAAAAAAAUAUAUUUAAAACAUUGACGAAAAAAGCAUGAUGAAGAUAUAACAAACACUAUUUCAACCAAAAUAUUAGAGUUAUCAAAAUAGAUGAUAUGUAGAAAUGUAUAAUUGUAAUAAUAAAAAUUUGAGUGUCGUAUAAUUGUAAUUUUUGGCAUUAAAGUUUAAAGAUUAUUUACAAUUUUACUAAAUUAAACAUUUUGAAAUGUUCAAUAAAUUUUUGAUAUAAUAUAUUUUUUCAGUCAAUAAUCCGCCCGUAGGGCGGGCCAAACUCUAGUAUUCAUAAUUACACCAACUGUAAGUCUAAUUUAUUUAAACUUGUAUUGAAACUUAUUCCGUAAAUAAUGUCUUUGUUACUUCUAAACUAGACAUUAUCUAUUGUUAAAAAACUACACAUUAUCUAUAGUUCAAAAAAGUGCCAUGCGCAAAAGACAUAUUACAUAUAUAUUCUAUGCAUGGAAAUAUGGAACAUCAACAUGUUAAAGCAAGAAGACAUUUUUCAACAGCUAGUUAGUACGUAUACCGUAUGAAUAGAUAUAUUUAUGAGUGUAAAAAUUUAAAAGGGUGAAAAAAGAAUGAUGGAAACAAUCCUUUGUCACAUAGUGUAUAUAAAUUAUACAUAUAUAUAUAUAUCUUAACGUUAUGUUUUAUAAUAAGUUAAAGAACAAGGAUGGCAGUAACAGUUUACAUUUUCACACAUAACUCUCCAUCUCUCUCCCAUAUAUCACCACACCUCUUCUGUGAUUCAGACACAAAAUUUCAUUCUUUGUCAGAUCUUUCUCCUUCUUCCUCCCUAACAUUUAUCUCAGCAGCUUCUCCAUAUCUCUCUCAAAGAAAAAGAAACCCUACAAAUUUCUAAACUUAAGAAGAAGAGAAUGGAUAACUCUGACAUACUAAUGAACAUGAUGCUGACACAAAUGGAGAAGCUUCCUGAUCACUUCUCUAACCCAAACCUUAACCCUAGUUCCCAUAACAUCACGAUGCCCUCCGAAUCCAACACUUAUCACCCUUUCUUCUUCAACCACAACAACCAUACCCAUCCCCCAGUACUUAACCCAACCAUCACUCACCACCACCAACCCGGUUUAAAUUUCCGGUAUGCCCCUUCCACGUCAUCAUUUCUCCCGGACAAAAGAGGAGGAGGCGGCGACAACGCUGACAUGGCGGCGAUGCGAGAGAUGAUCUUUCGAAUAGCCGUGAUGCAACCGAUACAUAUUGAUCCAAAAUCAGUGAAGCCACCUAAGAGGAAGAACGUGAGGAUCUCUAAAGAUCCACAGAGCGUGGCGGCUCGGCAUAGGAGGGAGAGAAUCAGCGAGCGGAUUAGGAUACUUCAACGCCUUGUACCUGGCGGAACCAAGAUGGAUACUGCAUCGAUGCUCGAUGAGGCUAUCCAUUACGUUAAGUUUCUCAAGAAGCAAGUGCAGUCGCUGGAGGAGCAUGCAGUGGUUAACGGCGGAGGAAUGACGCCAGCACCGCCGGUUGUUGGUGGAAAAGGAUGCAAGGACUAUGCGAUCUGAUCAUUACCAGAUGCUUGGAAAUGCACAUAUUCCUAGAUGAUGUUCUUUUAAUGUAUUUCAUAUUAUACUAUUAAUAUGAAGAGGAAAAAUACUCUCGGGAGGAGUGGAAUUUAAUAUUAUGAACCUGUGAGGGUAUUUCAUAUUUUAGACGUAAUUUAUUUUUCCUGUUUCUAUAAUCUUCGGGAUUAAUUCAGCAGGCUUGUGCUGAAAGAAUAAUUAUAGUUUCUGAUGGUCAUUGCUAAAAGAAUUAGUCUUUGAUUACUAAACUGAUCAAUGAAAUACUUGAAGCUGGUUGUAAUGAUUUCAGAUGGGGUCUAUAUAAUUUCUUAUAGCAACUGGCACACAUAUACAUAUCAGAUAUUCACUAGUGGCUUGUGGCAAAAGUAAUACCAUUACUGUAUCAUAAACUGAAUUAUAAUAUAACAGUGUGCGUGGAUGAAUUUUGAAUUUUUUCUCUCUUUCUUUUGCGUGAGUGGAUUUUUUUUUUUUUGGCAAAUUGAACGUGGGUGAAUUUUAAAUUGUAACAAUAUGAUUUCGUUUUAUGUAUACACUUUGAAAAUGAAAACUCAACAUCUCAAUCUAUUGAAAGAAAAGCUCGUGGUUAAUCCAUUUUCUUGUUCAUUGCCAUUAUAAGCUCCGUGCGAUCACUCUCCAUGUUUAUUUGGUUAUAUCUUUGUUUAUAUCUUUGUACCCACGCCACUUAAUAGCUAAUAAUAGUUCCUAAGCUUUGGCUUAAAGGACAUUUAAUUAUUAGGUUAGAACUUCACCGUUCAACACAUGACUUCAACAUCAACCAAAUCUCGUCUAGUCCAAUCUAGUCAAUCCGUUUACUGCUCUAUAAGACAUUAGUAUUUAAUCUUGACCCAAUUUCUUUUUUAGCUCCAGUGGUUUCUUCCUCCUGUUCUUUCCAUCAAAUGUUACACUUGACCACAUUAUUGAAAAGGUAAUUCAUUCCUUGACUUCUUCCAUAAUCUUUAGACUAUACGUCGAGAAAACUCGUUUGACAUACCUAAAUAUUCAAUAUGAACAAAAAUAUGUUUUUAACUUUCACGUUCCGUUCAUCUCUGUUCUAUUCAUCCGUACAAAUCAAGGUUCUUCUAUCACAAGAUGCAAGAAAUGAAGAGACGGGUGGUAGUUUUCGUAAAAUAAUUUAUUGCUACCAGCAUAAAAAAUUACCGGGCCGGGCCUGCGUACAAAGUAGACUUGCGUUUGUGAUUUCAGACUCAGUUGGCCGAACAACAUUCUCAUAUAGGUGGAGAAAAUGAUACAUUUAAUUCAUCACAUGUUUGCAUUACACACUUAGGCAUUUUAUAGGCGCAUUGCAUAUACUUUUUC